CCCUUCCAAUCGCCAUACAAUAAAAUACCCCAGCAUAUCACGCUCUCUGCCAACAUACCCCGUCCAUCCAUAUCGUCCUCGAACUAUUAUACCGAAUGUACCGUCAUACAAUAUACCUAUCAUAUCUAUCAAACCCCUCGAAUGAAAGAAGAUAUUACACCCCCCCUUACCUCUACUCGAGUACGAUAGACAGGUCUGUAGGGUAAGCCAACACCUCUCUCCUUCCAAAAUGCUUCUAUCCAAACAUAAGCGCAUUCGGGAUCACACGGGAUCACUCGCGACCCACAUGCUAGUUACUCCUAGGUGUGUUACGGGACGAGAGCACAACCCCACAAAAGAAAGAUUGGAGUUCUCGGGCCAGCGGGGUUCAAUGGAAAUGGUGUUGUUGUGAAGGAGAAAUGAAAAUGCUUUCAAGAGCCCUGGAGAUACCAGUGAGCAGUGCAGUGCUUGCCAAGACGGAUUACCAGCGUUUGUGUGUUUUAAAAAUAUACAUUGCCACCGACCCCGACGAUGCCCAAGGGCCACAACUCCGGUACUCGAGGUGGUAAAAUUGGGGAAAAAAAUAUGGUACUAUAUGUUUCAGAUCUCCGAGAUCUAUUUCGAAGCAUGCUGCCGGACGAUCUGCGGAAUAAGGCCGGCAUUUGAGCUGUGUGACUUGGCCUUCUCUCCUGGUGGGGCGGAUACCUUACUACCCGAGAAAUUGGUGAAGGAGAAGGUGUGGGAAUCGACAUAUGGGAGGAACGGACGGGCCAGAAAACUCCAGCAGUAUUCCGAUUGCCGUUUCUGACGAUUCGUGGUAAAUUUGGGAGGAAAGGAAUGGGGUGGAAUUGGGGGGUUCUGAGGGUGUGAGAAGGCAAGGGAGUUUUUUUAUUUUUUAUUUAUGAUAUCAUAAUAUUAUUAUUAUUAUGGUAUUAUUAUUGUUAUUAUCAUGUCUUUUUCAAGUUAUGUUCUUUCUAUCUGCGAGGGUUGCCCUGGACGUCUGGAGUUUUGUUGCCCCCAUAGGGUUAGGGCGGCCAGAUGGAUUAAGUGAAUGUUAUCGUAGCCUGUUUUAUGCACUCGAAUUUAAUUCAAUUUCCUUCUUCA